AGAGAGAAAGUAGGUAAAAGCUUCAAGCUUCAAUCGUUCAAUCUCUUGCCAUGGCUUGGUUGACGCGAUUCCUAGCAGCCGUGGCUUUCUUGGCCAUCGGAGUGAUAUUCUCCCCGGAGACCUUUGGAUCGAAAUCGGACGGUCUGAAAUCGCCCACCCUCUCCACCUACCUAAAGCUGGCUCAUCUGCUCUGCUUCUCCACCGCAUUCGGCGCCGCUCUCUGGGUCACUUUCAUCGGCGGCAUCAUCAUGUUCAAGAAUCUUCCGCGGCAUCAGUUCGGGAAUCUUCAGAGCAAGAUGUUUCCGGCUUAUUUCACCAUGGUUGGGAUAUGCCUUGCAGUGUCAGCUGGCUCGUUUGGGUAUUUGCAUCCGUGGAGCUCUUCCUCUGUUGCCGACAAGUACCAGCUCGGCUUUUUGCUCUCUUCCUUUGCUUUCAAUCUCACCAAUCUGUUCGUCUUCACUCCCAUGACUAUCGAGAUGAUGAAGCAAAGGCAUAAGGUGGAGAGGGAGCAGAACAUUGGGGAAGAAGUUGGAUGGUCAAAGAAUAUGCAAGUUGCAAAGGAAAACCCAAAACUGGCAGCCAUGAAUAAGAAGUUUGGUAUGAUUCACGGACUGUCAUCUCUGGCCAACAUCUUGGCAUUUGGCAGCCUUGCUAUGCACUCGUGGUACUUGGCUGGUAAACUUAAUCUGUAAGAAAAUAAGAACCCAACUUCCCCUUCGCUAUGUGGGCUUUCUUCUCGGUUUCACAAAGUAAAACACUUACGAUUCUGAGUGAAUGUGAAUUGACUCAAAAGUUAUAUGCGCACAAGAAACAUAAUGUAGGAAGCAUACUGUGUUGUGCCGUUGGCCAUCGGAUGAUAUAUAUGCUUUUGUUUUGGUAGGCAA